UCUUGGGACAAGAUGGCUGCGCCCGCGUUGGGGUCGCUGCGUGGGCGCCGUGCUGCGCUCGUGCUGCUAGUCUUGCUGCCGCUGCUCGUGCUGCGGGGCCGGGGGGCGGUGGGCGAAGAAGCCGGCACAGGCUCAUGCGGCUGCGGCGCCCCCCAGCGGCCCAGGCCCCCCAGCAGCUCGGCGGUCGCGCACCGGUACUCGCGGGAGGCGAACGCCCCGAGCCCGAAUUCCAGCCCGGGCCCCGGACAACGGCCGCAAGCGCCCGCCAAGAUGGUCCUCGUUCCCGCUGGCGUGUUCACGAUGGGCACAGACGACCCUCAGAUCAAGCAGGACGGUGAAGGGCCCGCGCGGAGAGUCACCCUCGACGCCUUUUACAUGGACGCCUAUGAAGUCAGUAACACGGACUUUGAGAAGUUUGUGAACGCCACCGGCUACCUGACCGAGGCCGAGAAGUUCGGCGACUCCUUCGUCUUCGAGGGCAUGCUGAGCGAGCGGGUGAAGACCGGCGUCCAGCAGGCAGUGGCAGCCGCUCCCUGGUGGUUACCCGUGAAAGGCGCCAACUGGAGACACCCCGAAGGGCCCGACUCCGCUGUCGCGCACAGGCCAGACCACCCGGUGCUGCACGUCUCCUGGAACGACGCCGUGGCCUACUGCGCGUGGGCUGGGAAGCGCCUGCCCACGGAGGCCGAGUGGGAGUACAGCUGCCGGGGGGGCCUGCGCAACAGGCUGUUCCCCUGGGGCAACAAGCUGCAGCCCAAAGGCCAGCAUUAUGCCAACAUCUGGCAGGGCGAGUUUCCUGUGACUGACACCGGCGAGGACGGCUUCCGCGGCACUGCACCCGUCGCCUCCUUCCCCCCGAAUGGCUUCGGCUUGUACGACAUGGUGGGCAACGUGUGGGAGUGGACUUCGGACUGGUGGGCGGUUCACCAUUCCGCCGCCGACGCCCGCAACCCGAAAGGGCCCCCCUCUGGGAAGGACCGGGUGAAGAAAGGCGGCUCCUACAUGUGCCACAAGGACCAUCACACACUCCUGGCCGCCGAGCGGGCUUUCCCUGGUUCUGUCUCGUCACCAUUGCAACCUUGAGGCCUAGAACAGGGCCUCACAUGCGGUGGGCACGCCGCACCUGACGCACUGAGUGGCGGGGCCCCCACCUGCACACGGGGGACCCUGAGAAGAGCACCAGGACCCCUGGCUCCGCCAAGCUGCCCUGCACGUCCGGCCCCACCUGCCACUGAGCACGGCACUGUCCCUGCUCUUGAAGAAUCUCUCCAUCCCCUCCCCAUCCUCGUUCUUGUCAAGGCCGCAAGGGGUUGGGAAGAUGUUCUUUUUCACAAAAAAUGGACCCGAAAGCCCUGCUCCAGGCUUUCCAUUUGCCCCGACAAGUGUAUGGACCUGAGUUCAUCUUCAGUGUCCCGUGUCUGGAAGGAGCCCCUCUGAGAAGGGGGGCUUUCUGGGUUUCAGAGGGAACCACGCUCUUCGGGGGCUCUGAUGUCUGGCUCUCGGAAAAGUCAGCGCCUGCAGCUCUUCCGCAUGGGGGGCUCGGACCGCCCGUCCCUGGCAGAGGGGGGCCAGACGGGCUCUGCUCCAUCUACCAGGGAGCCCGUCUCAGCCCGGGCGCAAAGGUGACGAGGCCACAAGAUCUGCUCUGUGCUGGGGGACCAGAGUUGAGGACACGACAGGGCCCAGCUGCCUUACGCCAAUUACCGUGCUUUGCAGACUUGGCAUUUGGAGGGGCGGGCGGUUUGUAGGGAGGCCCUGUUCGCCCUGGAUGAGCUCUGGUGGGGUGCGCAGGGUGCUGGCCACAGCCUGAGUUCAGGGGCCGCAUUCCUGACCUGCAGGGCCCUGAACGGAGGGGGCGCGGCUAGAGACCCGGGGUGGCCUCAGGUUCCGGGUGGGGCUGGUGCCUGCUGUGCUGGCAGUGACAGAACACCUUUCAGGGAUUGCUUUUGCAUCAGAUCCCAAGGCGAGGAGAUUAGGUGGCUCUCUGUUGUUUAAGCUGGUUUUAUCUUUCCUGAUGUCUAGAAAAUGAAGCAUGGCAGUUCCCGUUACCGAAUUUAAUUUUCCUUUGAGUCGAUUAUCAGCGUGGUGCUGCUUCUCCGCUCUCCUGCCUGGUUCAGGGCGGCUGGGCCGUGGGCCGUGUUUCCUCAGUGGCCCUGGGCGUAGCUGUCGGGGCUGAGGGCUUCCGAGCCCCUGCUGAACGCCCGACCUGCGGGCUGUCGUGCAACGGGCGGCAGAACACAUUUUGUGCCCCUUUUCUCGACCUUUCCCCAGCCUCGAUCUCGUUUCCGGGCACCCUGGCGGGCCAGCACCUGGUGAAUAGAAGAAAGAUGUAGGAGGGAAGCCCUGUGCCGGUGUGGGGUUCGAGAAGGGAGGAGAGACUCCGGCUGGAGGAAAAGGGUGCAGUCGGGACACUUCUGCUGCCUGAAUUCCGUGUCAUGUAAAUAACUGCUGACCCAACACCAAGGGUCAGUCAUUUUCACCCUGCAUGUCCCAGUGUCCCCUGGGGUAGACAGGGCUGGAAUCACCUCAGGUUUGCGUUGAAGGGGACCGAAGUGCAGGGGCUUUAGGAAAUUAGUCCUCUUAAGAAGAACUACGCAGAAAAGCAAGAAGAAAUUUAAUAUAAACUGUUUUUCACGUCUAUUUUGGGGAGGAUUAACAUUUAAUGGGUAGUAAUGUAAUAUUAAAACAAAAGUUU